AUGGACUCUCAAGUGCUGACUUAUGAUGAAAUCCUGGGGAUAGUAUACCUGCAACUAACUGUAGUUGGAUUCCUAGGGAACUGUAUUCUCCUCUUCCUAAACAGCUUUAAUUUCCUCAUUGCUCAGAGAAGAAGACCUAAAAACCUAAUUAUCAUCCAUUUGGUCUUUUCCAAUGCCAUGGUGCUUCUCUUUAGGGGAAUACCCACUACAAUAAGGCUUUUGAGGGUGAAAUGUCUCCUGGACGAGACUGGGAUUAGAAUCAUAACAUACAUGCAGAGAUUAACCUGGAGCCUCUCCUUAUGUAGCACCUGCCUCUUAAGCACCUUCCAGGCCAUCACCAUCAGUCCCAAGAACUCUAUAUGUGCACAGCUCAAAAUGAAAGCAUCAAAUUGCAUCAUUCCAUGCAUUUUUCUUUGCUGGUUGUUCAAUCUAAUAUCAGCUCUGAAUCGACUUCUAUAUCAAACUGGUCCAAAGAAUAGUAUAAACAGUAAUUACGGAUGCAAUGUGGGGUACGGGUAUAUAGAUAUGUAUAAUAAGAACCAUGUAAAAUUGGCAAUCAUAGUAUUUGUCCAAGGUGCUUUAUUUAUGUUUCUCAUGACCUGUUCUAGUGCCUAUAUGGUCUUCCUCCUAUACAGACACAAGAGGCAUGUCAAUCAUAUUCAUAGUAAUAGCCUCUACAUAAAACUUUCCCCUGAAACCAGAGCCACCAAAGCUAUCUUGAUUUUAGUGGGUGCUUUUGUUUUGUUUCAUGUAUUCAGUCCCAUUUUUAUUUUGCAUCUGCUGCAUUUUAAAUACACAAGCAAUUGGAUGCUCUAUAUUUCAGCCCUUUCUCUAUGCUAUCCAACAAUCAGCUCUUUUAUUCUGAUCAGCAUUGAUAACCAGAUCCUCAGGACUUGUGCUCGUGAUAGUAUGAAAAGCCCCAGGGUCUCCAUCACCCUGUAA